AUGUCAACUCUUACAAGUGCUGAAUUGGAUGCGUUUAUUAAAUUCGCCUUAGCUGAUGUUAAGAAAGUGAGUAGCUUAUGGGAUAAAGCGAUCAAGUCUAAACCAUCACCAUCAUCGUCAAAAAAACGAAAGGCUGAAAAUAUAACGGAACUUUCGCCAAAGAAAAGCAAUGCACAAUCACAAAAUACAGAUUUCUUUUUUCUUGGAGUAGAUGCACCUUUGCGAGUGGAUGAAUCUUUAGAUGUUCUCGAGACGUUAAAAUUGGCCGGAUAUCAUGACUUUGAAAUUACAAGCCGGUGGCAUCUCGAGCAAGUCUGCGAAGAUGGAGGCUGGCACCAUCUUUAUUCUGAUCUGACAAUAAAAAAGAAUGCUGAACCCAACCCUGUAGCUUUAGUGGAACUUAUAGCAACCAGGGUUGAAGAAACAUUUCGAACAGAUCCAUAUUGGCCUUCUGACGAGCUACAGGGAAGGGGAUUAAAUGUUGUGCAUUUUUGGCACGAUAAAGAAUUUAGGAAUGUUCGGAUGAGUUCCCGAUCUCGAGAUAUCACUG